AACAAGCAAACAGCCCACCGCUUCCUCAUUUCCUCGUCGCGCCUGCUCUUUUCUGCUCUUCUUGUUGUUUUUGUUUGGCUGUGGUGAUUGUUCUUUAUUCUCUUUAACUACACUCAUCUCUGCUCUGCGCGCUCGAGGCCAUGCAGACCAUAAAAUGUGUCGUCGUGGGCGACGGUGCGGUGGGAAAGACAUGUCUUUUGAUCUCCUACACUACAAAUAAGUUCCCUGCCGACUACGUGCCGACCGUGUUUGACAACUACGCCGUCACCGUAAUGAUCGGCGACGAGCCAUACACACUCGGACUGUUUGAUACCGCCGGUCAGGAGGACUACGACCGUCUCCGGCCACUCAGUUAUCCGCAGACAGACGUCUUCCUUGUUUGUUUCAGCGUCACCUCGCCGGCCUCGUUUGAGAACGUGAAGGAGAAGUGGCUGCCGGAGGUGCAUCACCACUGUCCAGGCGUCCCAUGCCUCAUCGUCGGCACCCAAAUCGAUCUGCGCGACGACCCAACAAUAAUCGAGCGCCUCGGCCGACAAAAGACACAUCCGAUCUCGCACGAGACCGGCGAGCGGCUCGCGAAGGAGCUCGGCGCGGUCAAGUACGUCGAGUGCUCGGCGCUCACGCAGAAGGGGCUCAAGUCGGUCUUUGACGAGGCGAUCGUGGCCGCGCUUGAACCGCCGGUGCCGAAGAAGAGUAAGAAGGUGUGCACGAUAUUAUAAGCGGCGCGGCUUGAGAGUUGAGAGUUUUUGUUGAAUGCGAGGAUGGGUAGGAUGUAGGUGGUUGUGAGGACGAGUGAGUCUGGUUUGAUCUCUUGUCUUUUGUCUUGAGUCAGAUACAAGGUCAACAGGAAUCAUUCAGCCUUGCUUGUCCUAUCAAUCAUCUCGCUUCUACGCAUUUGUCCUCAUUG